AUGGACCUGCCAACCACAAGUCGACCCUACCAAGCUGCUAUCGCUGCAGCCCGGUUUGCGGAUCAAAGACUCGAGAGCAGGACGCGUAGCGACUACAGCAGCAGUCUUCGACGAUUCUCAGCGUUCUGCAAAAUUGAAGGCUACCCAGACCCACUGAAGAAAGGAUUUGUGGAGCUGCCCGGUGUGGUGGCCGCGUACAUCAACUUACUCGAAACCUCCAACUCAACUCAAUGGCUCGCUGAAAACCUUCGCGCUGCGCUUAGCUGGCACUACACGAAGCCUGAGAUGCUAGCCGGUGGCCACCCACACGAUCGUUGGGUUGUUGAGACUUCUACGGACGGCACCCCAGCACCUCGAGGCAACCCGGCACGAACAGCAGCCAUCACGCGAAUUCUCGCCGGUCUCAGCAAAUCCAAGAAGCGCGAGCGGACUCCAAAGCGUGCGUCCCCGAUGUCCCUGUUGAUGCUGAUGAAGGUCAUUACAUUCUUGGAGUCGAAUUCGAUGUUCAACGAAACCAUGCGGCUGUGGUUUUCUGCGGUUUGUUCUCUCAGCUUCAAUGGUAUGUGCCGUAUCAACGAAGUCUUGUUCAUGAAGAAGGGCGACAUUCAGCUUGGUCUCAAACGCAAAUCGCGCACAGAUCAUGAUCCCCUUGCAAGUCGAACCUACUCACUCCAUCAUCUCACGAAGGAAGAACGGGCAGCUGAAGCAUUGACUUUCUUGGAUAGAUGGUUUACGUACGCGCGGAAGAAGUUUCACCACACCUGGCGUGACAGCGACUACGCGUUUCCAUCAUUGACGGAUGUACCACGCGGCACAUCCAAGAAGCGAAGGAGGGAAGCAGGUGUUUUAGCGAGCGGUGGCUCUUUUGCUAACGUGGAAAUAAAAUGGGGCUCGCCAAUGUCAGAUAGCAACUUUACUCAGGUAUUAAACAUUAGCGCUGACGCCGCUGGAAUCAGCCGAAACGUGCUUGGUGACCAGAUUUGGUUUACAUCCCACUGUUUCCGUCGAGGUGGUGCACAGUACCGGUUCAUGUUUGCCCCUGAAGAUCGACGGUGGUCACUGAAGCUCGUGAAGUGGUGGGCAAGGUGGGCACCAAGCGAAAAAACCAACUGGGCGAUUCGCUGGCUCCGGACGCGACGUCGUGCACUAGCGCGACUCUCGAAGGUAUACGAGAUAUCGACUUUGGAGGCUUACAGUUAUUAG